AUGCCUAAGAUGAAAUCUUUGAAGAAGCAUCUUCAAGCGAUGAAUGAGAGCUCCGAAUUGGUUGUCACCGGAAAGGGCUUCUUCUGGAGGAAGUACUGCAGUGUGACGUGUCCAUCGGCAUGGAUCAAGAUUGUCUAUCACUCUUUCAUGGCUCGAUAUGAUGCCAAGGCUGUGGUAUCGCAAAGCUUGUCAGGAGGAGGCUUACGCCAUCUCGCGACCGUUGACCGCAAUGUCUAUGACACCUUCGGGGCAACCAUGCGGCUCUCCAUUGGGGCUUUCCUAAAAGCGGUUGACAACAGUCGCGUACAGCGGCUGAUGCUUUCCUUAACCCUGGUGCCUGUUGGCCUCUUCCGCAAGUUGACGGGCCUGAAGCCUUUGGGCCUGUGCUUUUUCAAGCACGCCUGGAAGGAACUGGAAGAUUUGGGGGACUACGAGCAGAAGAGCGGACUUUGGUGGAAGGCGGUCUUCGCUGGAUGCCCCGACGUUCCGGCCGCGCCGAGUCCGGCCUUUGAGGACGAGGAAACAGCUAGCAAGCUUCUGGGAGGAAUCGUGAACGCCUUCUCUGCCCCUGAGGGACUCGAAGUAGAGGAUGAGGCGGUCAAAUGGCGGGAUGCUUCCAGCCACAUGCAGUGCGUCAUGAAGAUGAGUCGAAGCGGGGUCUGGUCGAGCCGCCGGCUUUUCAUUGAGAAGGGCACCGUGUCUUGGGCCGCAGAUCCCGCCUGCGAGGGCGUCGGCAUUGCCGGUAGGAUUGGCUUCAACCUGGGACGCAAGAGGUACUUCUCCUUGGAGUUCCUCACGGAUCCUCCUGGUCGUGAGGCCGUGAGCCUCUUCAACGAAUCGGCUUGUUUGUCGAUGCAGAACCCCUACCGCGAGUUCAGCUUCUGUGCCGAGCCCGGUGGCAGCAUGGUGAAGGCCAACGAGGUCCUCGACGAGCACCUCGGCGUCCUGGGCACGGAGCGCCAGUUGCUACAGAUGUCGGCCAAGAUCGGGCGACUGAUCGCUGCCAGUGGGAUUAAAGAUGAGGAGGUGGAGGAGCUGAAGACAACCAUUGCUGAGACCGGAGACUCCAGCGUGCAAGGCCUUGCGACGGAGAUUGGUGAGCUCCCGACGGACUCGCAGUCUGAUGAGAUUGAGGCUGCAAACAACAUUUUGAAGAAGGUGAGGGAGAGCUCCUCCCUUGUCGAGUCAGGCGCUGACCUUCAUACUGGCUCCGCGCUGCUUCAGGAGGCUUACGCGGAGGCUCACAGCAACAACCACCUCACCGAGGUCAUGUCGGGAAAGAUGGGCUUUUUUGGUUGGACGUACAGUGCUCUGGGUUUGGCAAGCCUGUCGACCGCACAGGUCAUCUUCAUUCUUCUCGUCUGCAACGGGGACCUCGUAUGCAUCAAAAUGUUUGCCAGUAUGAUGAAGGAUAGUGGGGGAGACUUGAUGCAGAUCGAUUCCAACACAGCCCAGUGGACCAACAACACCCAAGAGCUGUCCUUCUAUUCUCCUGAGAUCCAGUGA